AAGUGACGCUCUUACCUCGCGCCGGCGGCGGGAGGCCCCAAAGAUGGCUGCGCGCAACGGUCGGUGGCGCACGUGUGAAACCGGGGAGCCUAUGGACGCCGAGUCCCACGACGCAGGGUCCAAGGGCCCGGCCCAGGUCUACCUACCCGGCCGGGGACCCCCGCUGCGCGAAGGAGAGGAGCUGGUCAUGGACGAGGAGGCCUACGUGCUGUACCACCGAGCACAGACUGGCGCCCCCUGUCUCAGCUUCGACAUAGUCCGGGAUCAGCUGGGAGACAACCGGAUCGAGCUUCCUCUUACACUUUAUCUGUGUGCUGGGACCCAGGCCGAGAGCGCCCAAAGCAACAGAUUGAUGAUACUUAGGAUGCACAAUCUGCAUGGGACAAAGCCCCCGCCAUCUGAGAGCAGUGACGAGGAGGAGGAGGAGGAGGAUGAAGAGGAUGAAGAAGAGCGGAAGCCUCAGCUGGAGCUGGCGAUGGUGCCCCAUUAUGGCGGCAUCAACAGAGUUCGGGUGUCGUGGCUGGGUGAGGAGCCAGUGGCUGGGGUGUGGUCAGAGAAGGGCCAGGUGGAGGUGUUUGCGCUGCGGCGGCUUCUGCAGGUGGUGGAUGACCCCCAGGCCCUAGCCACCUUCCUCCGGGAUGAGCAGGCCCGCGUGAAGCCCAUCUUCGCCUUCUCUGGCCACAUGGGCGAGGGCUUUGCACUUGACUGGUCCCCUCGUGUGCCCGGGCGCCUGCUGACCGGUGACUGUCAGAAGAACAUCCACCUCUGGACGCCUACGGACGGCGGUUCCUGGCACGUGGACCAGCGGCCAUUCGUGGGCCACACACGCUCCGUGGAGGACCUGCAGUGGUCUCCAACCGAGGACACGGUAUUUGCCUCUUGCUCAGCUGAUGCCUCCAUCCGCAUCUGGGACAUCCGGGCAGCCCCCAGCAAGGCCUGCAUGCUCACCACCGCCACCGCCCACGAUGGGGAUGUCAAUGUCAUCAGCUGGAGCCGCCGGGAGCCCUUCCUGCUCAGCGGCGGGGAUGACGGAGCCCUCAAGGUCUGGGACCUGCGGCAGUUCAAGUCUGGCUCCCCGGUGGCCACCUUCAAGCAGCACGUGGCCCCCGUGACCUCCGUCGAGUGGCACCCCCAGGACAGUGGGGUCUUCGCGGCCUCGGGUGCAGACAACCAGAUCACACAGUGGGACCUGGCGGUGGAGCGGGACCCUGAGGCCGGCGACGCGGAGACUGACCCUGCGCUGGCAGACCUCCCCCAGCAGCUGUUGUUCGUGCACCAGGGCGAGACAGCCCUGAAGGAGCUGCACUGGCACCCGCAGUGCCCCGGGCUCCUGGUCAGCACCGCCCAGUCAGGCUUCACCGUCUUCCGCACCAUCAGCGUCUGAGGCCGGCCAGGCCGCAUCUAUCUGGCCCUCCACUUGGGGACUGAAGUUGAAGUUCAUUCCCCUGGAAGGGACUCGUUCAGAUCUGUUGGCCAGCGCUUCUCCAGAAGGACUUAGUUUGGCCCAUUGGCUGCCGUGACGGAUUCUGUUUGACUUAUUGUUCUUUGAAAGGACUCGGUUUGGUCCGAUGCCCCCCUUGCCAAAGGAUAUGGUUUGAUCCGUGGCUCUAAAACUAGGGCUUGGUUUGCUCCCACGACUCCUCCAACCAAAGGACUGGGUUUGACCCAUGGCCCUAUAAGACCAGUGGGUUUGACUCUGGUGAUCCCUCUUGCCCAAAACCUUGGUUUAGCCCAGUGACCCCCCUCCCCCCCCCCACCUGUCAGAAGACUCCAUUGGCUUUUUCCCAGACGGGCCUGGCGUGGCCUGUGUUGCUGUGGACUUUGUCAGCUGCAGCACUUGGCGUGACCCUUUGACCUCUCUGCCCCUGGCCUCCCCCAGGGAACCCAAGUGCUUUACAGUGGCUGGACCAAAUUCGAGGAGUGGGUUCCUGCAGCAGAAUUCGGCCCUUGUCUUCCUGCCAACUGGGUUUGGCCACGACUUCCCAGGGAGAGGCCUCGUGGGGCCUUCUCCCCUCCUCCCAAAGGCAGGCACCGUGCAGGGGGGGAGAGUCGGGGGCUCCUGAGGGGCAAUAAAGGACCAGAAUGAGG